CGUCGAUCCAUUAUUAUCAAUUAAUCAUCAUCCAUAGAAAACCAUUAUCAUCAAAAUGGCCGAUUUUUAUCAUGAUAGCCUUAUGCAUAAUCUAAGUCAUCUUUAUCAUCAUUCAGAAAAGUUUGGUGGUUUGAUUGAUCCUUCGAUUGAUCCUAUCACUAUAUCAUCAUCAUCAUCAUCAUCUGCACCAUUAAUAAAUGAAGAAUAUGAUUGCUUCAAUGUUACAGAAUUAGAAGCUGUACCAAAUCGUUUUGGACAAUGGUUUCUUAUUUCAUUAUAUUCAUUAACAUCGUUAUUAGCAUUGAUUGGUAAUUUAACUGUUAUUAUUGUUGAAAUAUAUGGAAAAGAAUCGGCACAUAAUAUAAGAAAAUAUUUAAUCAAUUUGGCUGUAUCGGACAUCACUAUUGGCGUAUUGUGUGUACCAUUCACAUAUACAGAUUUUAUGCUCGGUCAAUGGAUAUUUCCACAUUGGCUAUGUCCAACGGCACAAUUUGUACAAUUAUUAAGUGUUUUUGUUACAUCAUUAACAUUGACAUUUAUCGGCAUUGAAAGAUAUAUGGCAACAUUGCAUCCAUUUUCAUCAUUACAUCAUUGGCUUGAAUGUCAUACACAUAUAAUGUUGGCAUUAACAUGGGUAUUCGGUGCAGCAUAUGCAUAUAUACCGUUUGAAAAUACGGCCACCAGACCGUUUAUGUUACCAACAGAUAAUCAGACAACAUAUUAUGAAUGUACAUAUGAUAAUGGUGUUUCCGUAUUGAAAUUACGACUAUUUAUGACAUCAAAUAUUGUGCUUACAUUCAUAUUACCAUUAACCGUAUUAAUAUUCAGCUAUUCGGCAAUAAUGCGUAAAUUGAUUGCAGAUGAAAAACGUUUUCGUAAAUCAUCUAAUCAUGCAUAUGGUGUAAAAUUUAAAUCAUCAAUAUGUCGAUCAACGGAUAGUAAUUCACAGAAUCAGAAUCAGAAUCAAAAUAAAAAUCCAAAUCCGAAUAUAAAUAUGAAACGAAAAAUUAACUAUAUGACUGAUAUGAUGAUUAAUGAUGAUCAUAAUAAUGGUGGAUCUAGUACAUGUAGUAUAAAUAAUAGUGAUUCACAAUCAUCAUCAUCAUUACCAUCCGCAUUACCGUUAUCGUCCAAUUCUGUACUUCCGGUUAAUUGUCAUCAUAAUAAUCAUAUGAUUAAAAUGAUUAAAAAAACAAAUGAACAACGAAAUAAUUGUAGUAGCUGCUGUUCAUCAUCAUCACCAUCAUCAUCAUCGAAACAUUUAAAACCCAUACAAGUAACGACCAAUGUAAUGAAUGCAAAAAAUUCACCGGAAAUGGAAAUAAUUAAACCAUCAAUUAUUAGUGAAAUUAAUAAUAAUAACAAUAACAAUAAUGGAACAUUAUGUUCAUGUGAUCAUUGUCAUCAUCAACAACAACGACCACAGCAAUCGGGGCCUUGUUUAUCGACGAACAAUAACAACAAUUUGGUUGGCUUUUCAAAUGGCCGUCUAUGUCCUACGGAAGAAUUAAUGAUGAUAACAAAUUCAUCAUCUAGUGCGCCUCCAACACCAUCCAUAAAUCAACAAUUAUCAACUAGUCAGAUUGAUUUAAGAAAAUCUACGCCAUUUAAUCAUCGUUCAAAGACAAUCAAAAUGAUGUUCACCGUUAUAUUAUUAUAUGGUAUAUGUUGGAUGCCAAUCAAAUUGUAUCAAUUUCUCAAUGAUUAUGGUCUAAUUGCCUAUUGUACUGAACGUGAAUUAUAUGCAAUGGUUUGUCUUUAUUUUAUUUGCCAUUGGAUGGCAAUGGCAAAUAGUUUUGUCAAUCCAAUCAUCUAUUCAUUUAUGAGUAAAAGUUUUCGGAAUGAUUUCAGUAAAAUAACAAAAACAUUUCGACAAACAUUUUCAAAAAAUCUUAAUCAACUUUCAAUCAAAACAUCAUCAACACAAGUAUAAUAAUGUAUAUAUGUGUGAAUAUAAAUGGAAUUCUAAUCACUGGUUCAAUGACAACAACAACAACAACAACGUGACAUUGGUCAUCAUUAUUAUCACAUUAAACGAUGACAACUAGC